AUGCUGGGAGCCGUGAAGAUGGAAGGACACGAGGCUCCGGACUGGAGCGGCUACUACAGCGAGGAGGUGUACUCUCCAAUGCCGGGUUCUGGUCUUGGGAUGGGUUCCAUGUCUGGCUACAUGCCCAGCAGUGGGACCACAUCGGGGUCCUUCAACAUGUCCUACAGUGGGACCGCCUUGAGUCCUACCUCUGUGGGUGGGAUGGGCGGCUCAGCUCCAGGAGGCAUGUCAGGUCUGGGUGGGGGCGUGGCCUCAAUGGGCGGGGCCCUGAGUCCAUCAAGUAUGAGUUCUCAGCAGGCCUCGAUGGGCUUGAAUGCGUACGGGGGCAUGAGUCCCACCAUGAGCCCGACCAUGGCGUAUGCCGGCGGUGGACUAAACCGAAGCCGUGACAAUAAGACUUUUAGGCGGAGCUAUCCGCACGCCAAGCCCCCCUAUUCCUACAUCUCCCUCAUCACCAUGGCGAUCCAGCAGGCCCCCAGUAAGAUGCUGACUCUGAGCGAGAUCUACCAGUGGAUCAUGGACCUGUUCCCAUACUACCGGCAGAACCAGCAGCGCUGGCAGAACUCCAUCCGCCACUCGCUGUCGUUCAACGAUUGCUUCGUCAAAGUGUCGCGUUCACCGGACAAACCGGGAAAAGGCUCGUACUGGACCCUCCACCCGGACUCCGGCAACAUGUUUGAGAACGGCUGCUACCUGCGGCGCCAGAAGAGGUUCAAGUGUGAGAGGAAGAUGUCCACCAAGUCAGAGGGGAGGAAGGAGGGGGGAGGGGCAGGAGGAGGAGCGUCCCCUGCUGGAGACUCUUUGCUGCCCUCCACCAGUCAGGCAGCCUCACCUUCCAGUCUGGACCUGCGGGGGGCAGCAGACCUGAAGGUGUCCAGCUCUCAGCUCCUGUCCUCUCUGUCGCUGCCCCCCCACUCCAUGGCACAUGAGUCCCAGCUGCACCUCAAGGGCGACGCCCACUACGCCUUCAACCACCCGUUCUCCAUCAACAACCUGAUGUCGUCGUCGGAGCAGCAGCACAAACUGGACCUGAAGGCCUACGAGGCACUGCAGUACUCUUCCUACAGCAGCGGGGCGGCGCCAGGCCUCGGGCCUCGGACCAUGGAACCACUGGAGGUGUCGUAUUACCAGGGUGUUUAUCCCAGACCACUCCUCAACACGUCCUAG